GUGGGACACAAGGCAGGAGCGAGGCAGAGACAGACAGCCCGAUUUUCUGUUGACGUCGCCGCAACAAACACUCACUCCGCCCUAGCAACAGCACAAGCGCACAAUCGCGACGGCGCUCGUAACCCGCUCUUCACUCUCGAACCAUGGAGCAGACGACGCCAGGCGACCCGCCGACAGCGCCGCCUCCUAUCGGCAUGACCAUCGAUACAGUCGAACUGUCGCAAGCUGUAGAGCAAAUCGCAAGAGAUGGUCAUAGCCCGCGAGUUUCAGCGCCACCGACCCCGACGCUGCGCACUCCGUUGUCGCGUCGGACAUCCACGGCGUCAAUGAACUUGCAACCGAAGUCUCCGCGACCGCCGUCGCGUCGCUCGUCAAGCAGUAUGAGCCUGAACAAGCCAGCUUCUUCGCCUGCUCUGCGCAAGAAGUCGUCGCGGGCUUCGCUAGGUGCGACUGAUGAGCAAGAACAGAGCUCGACCCCUAAGCGGUCUAUUUCGAACCUCAUUGCUGGGCUGAGGGAGUCGCAGACACGGAUGGAGUCUAUUGAGGAGCCCACGCCCCUGACAUCUGCGCAGCUAGCAGCGUCACACUUCACCAAGGAACUGCUUGCGCACGGAGAAGAGGGGACAGAGUCUGACGUCGUCGUUAUACUCCACGAUGCAUGCUAUGGACAUCGAUGGUCCCGCCUCAAAACCACCAAAGGCCAGCUCUCUUUGAUCGUGGAGCGACCGGAGCGCAUCAAUGCUAGCGUGCUGGGAGCAUCAACAGCGUAUGUCAGGUUGGGUGGACAUCAUGAAGGCGGAGAUCGCCCACCACAUCCAAAUCGCAGUGCCAAUGCUCGUCCACCCUUCAAGAUUCGCCGCACCGCCCGCGUCAUUGAUAUCACAUCUCCGUACGUGACUGCUGUCCACGGGACGGAGUGGAUGGAUGAAUUGAGAGGAAUGUGCAGCUCGGCGCCAGAGAAGCUUGCGGCUGGAGUCAAGGAGGUCGGGCGAUCAGCUGGGAAGGAACAGCUGCAUGAUGGGGACCUGUAUCUCGCUCCAGGGUCGCUCGAUGCUUUUCAAGGGGCACUCGGUGGUGUCGCCGAUGCUGUCGACGCUGUAUUUGCUCCCAAUGCCAGCGCCACUAAAGCGUUCGUCGCUGUCCGUCCGCCUGGUCACCAUUGUUCAGCCGAUCAUCCAAGUGGUUUCUGCUGGUUGAACAAUGUGCACGUAGGUAUCGAAUAUGCUGCGCAGCUUUACGACGUGACUCACGCCGCCAUCUUCGACUUCGAUCUCCACCAUGGUGAUGGCAGCCAAGCGAUUGCGUGGCAACGAAACAGCAAGAACAACGAGAAGCGACAGAACGCAAAGCCGAACAGCAAACUGAAGCUCACUCCAGAUAUUGGCUACUACAGUCUACACGACAUCAAUAGCUACCCUUGCGAAUGGGGCGAUGACGCAAAGGUUCAGGCAGCAAGCUUGUGUGUCGAGAACGCGCACAGUCAGUCGAUAUGGAAUGUGCACUUGCAGCCGUGGAAGACUGAGGACGAGUUCUGGGUGCUUUACGAACAGCGAUAUCGUGUUCUGCUGGAUAAGGCCCGAGUGUUCUUACAGCAUCACAGCAACCGCAUUCGCAUGGAGGGCAAAGUUCGACCCAAUGCGGCAAUCUUCAUAUCUGCAGGUUUCGAUGCUAGUGAAUGGGAGGGCCAAGGCAUGCAAAGGCAUAAAGUCAGCGUGCCGACAGAGUUUUACGCUCGCUUUACCGAAGAUGUGGUUAAACUCGCCAACGAGGUAGAAGGCUGCCAAGGCAGAGUCAUCAGUGUCCUCGAAGGAGGCUACAGUGAUCGCGCGCUCUGCAGCGGAGUGCUCAGCCACUUGUCGGGCCUUUGUGCGGCCCCUGUCGUAGCGCAGGCCAGCGGCUUCGACGAGCUCAUGAAUCUGAGCAACAAGAUGAACGGGCUUUCUAUGAAUUCGCAUGGGCUAGGCUCUGAAUAUCGAUAUGACAAGAUGUGGUGGACCAGUGACAAUCUGACAGCCCUCGAACACAAGAUCAACCCUCCUCCGCCACCGCAAGCGAAGAAGUUUCGCGUUGGGCCCCAGCCCACGUAUGCAACGCCUACAGAGUCGUUCGCCUACAAGGUAGUCGACACGAAUAAAUUCGCACGCUCCAUAUCUGGCACGAUGCGCGACGUGCCUAGACCCGACCGAGCUCCAACCCCUCCACCGCCAGAGGUGGACUGGGUGGUCGCCACGCAAGAGCUAUCGAAGCUUCUCAUCCCACAGGACCGACAGACAAAAAGUUGCACUUCAGAAGAACUCACUGUCCCACGCGUCAAGAAAGAGUUGGCCCCAACUGCAGGGCGAGAUGCGGCGCCAUCUCGACAGUUGCGGGAUCGGAAGGCCAAGGCUCCAGCCUAUGCCGAGAGCACUCACAGCGAUGAAAGUGCUGCUUCCAGGGCGGCGAGCCGCAAUGAAAGCAGGGCAAGCAGAAGAGAGACUAUUGACAUCUUGCCAUCACAAGAAUCAGCGGCAACACAGCAGAGAAGGUUGAGUCGACGACUCAGUGCCGGUAGUGCUCUUACCGUGACCGACGCGCUUGUAGACAGUGCAGCGCCACCCGUGCCAGCUCUACCGGGAAACAGGCCCAGUGGCAGCAUGAAACCUCCUCCCGUGCCUGCCCUUGUCAACAAGAAAGCCAGAGUGCCAACCAAAGGCGCUCGGGCUGUGCCGUCAUCAACGAGUGCACCCAGCUCGCCAGCUGCAAAGUCAGCAGCCGCGGCAGCGUCUGCAAGACCAGCUGCAAUCAGAAGCAACACCUCCGAUAAACCUUCUGAUGUUGAUGGACUUGCCAAUGGCGUCAAGAAAAUCACACUCAAGGCACCGGCAUCAAAGGAAGAGCACGAACGUAGACAGAUGGAGAAGCUCAAUGCGGACCGCCGAGCUCGAGCCUUAAAAGGAGCGGAGACGAGGAGGGUCAAUGCUGCAGCCAAAAGGGCCGCGCAGUCUUCUGCGCAGUCCUCUGCACAGCCCCCGGCACAGUCGAACGCAUCCAAACCAGCCUCCAACAUACCUCCUGGAAACCACGCCGUCGAGCCAGCUCCGCCCGCAGUCAUCGCUGCUCAUGCGGCAGCUGCUCCCACAGGAUUAUCACUCCCGGCCAUGUCCGCAAACCCAGCGACGUCUGGGCUUCCACUAGCUGCGAUGGCCGAGACUACUCAUGCGAAGGAAAAUGUUGCGCCAUCGUUGCUGGCCGAUAAGACGGCUCUUGUCGAGCAAUCUAGUUUCAUUGGGCAGGAUGCAGCUGAUCGAUUAGCGUCAGAUGAGGUCAACCAGCUUCAGAGAGCGAUCGCUCGUCCAGAGCCACAGACUGACAGCUCGCACUCUGUGAACGAUGUUGCUAGCACAUCCAUUCCUAGACCAGCUGCCACAGCUGCGUUCACUUCAACGGGGAACUCGAUGCCCAAUUUGGUCAGUACAUUAUCGGAACCCGCGACGAGUGUUAGUCCAGCUAGCACUACCAACAUGCUAUCACAGCUCGCAAAACCUAGCCAGCUCCCAGUAUUCAGCAGCACAGGUUAUAUACCUUUCAGUACAACGAACGCAUCUCAGCAGGAGUCACGCACAGUAGUGGCGGCCGCCUCGAUGCUAGAUGUGCAGACGCAGCAGAAGCAGGAAGAACCACCAGAGAAGAGCAUCUGAGAUGUGCCCGACAGUCCGGCCAGAUAGUUGAGCUUGACUAUUUCCUUAUGUUUGGGAAGGCUGCUUUGCUUGUACGAGAUACCCCCUUUGCCGCGCU